GCUUUGCUCAAUGAUACAUGGAAGAUCGUAGGUGUGCCUGAUCCAUACAGUAUUGUCCCGUACAUCCUCCUAUGAAUCCGAUUUCUUCACUUGUUACAGUCGGGGCAGAGUGGCUAACUGCAUGCGCGACGUGAAUGAGAGACUCGAAACUUGACGACCCCAUAAUGCCAACAGCUCGAUUAAGACAAUUUGUCAGUUGGACGGGUCACUCGACUAUGACUGACACCAGUGUUGCGUCAAAUCACUGAUGCACCACAUCCACCCACGCAGGAACGGUACUGGCGUACCCAUGCCGGUUAUUAUAUCCCUGGCGAUUGCGCGCGCCGUGCAACGACUUAUCAGCCCGCCUCGAUCACGCUUGGCUUCGAUACAUAGAUGUCUACAUAGCAUCCAGUCCGGGGCGUAUGUAGGGAUCACCGCCCAAGACGCGACCUCCUUCGUCGUGCCAUCCCCGCAUCCAAUGUCCCGCGCCCUACGCCAGGCUUUCAACUGGUGCUGCCAAUGCGAGCGAGACCUCCCCGGACCGGAUGAUCCCCAUCUAUCGCGAGACGACAUCUACGUUCCGCCCGUUAUGCCGCGCAGGCCGAACCCCCGCCCUGUGGUGAACUCCCAGCCGAUGUCGCAGUGGACACUGGAGUCGACGAUCGCUGGGCCGGGGCGUUCCGCUUCGUCGCUCUCAGGGAGGAGUGCUGGCCUGAAUCUGCAUGGGGCUGGUCGACCUGUCGAUGCUGCUGUGCAGGAUCCUUCUCCACUCAACUCGGAGGUGCGUCUGGCUAGUAUCCCUACCGGCACUAUUCAGGGACCUGGGCAGCGUUCUUAUUCACACCUUCCUUUGGAUAGGCUCGAGAAAGAUAGUAAUAGCAGGUGGGAGUAGAAUGGAGCCGAGUUGGCCGGGCAGCCUGCAGAAGACAUGUGGAUUGACCAAGCGCUGCUGAUCAUGCGAUGAUUCGUAGAAUGUUCAAGGAGCUCUAGCGGGUCCACCUUUACGUUACCGCGUAAUGCUGUAAUUGUACCGUCGUGACCCCAUGUACAUACAACACCGUCGAGUUCCAAGCACCUGCAUUGCGACUUGCCUAGUACUGAGGGUACCCUGUAGCUACUUCGACGAGGAGCGGGCGCCGGUCGCACCCGCGCUCCGUGUGACGACGAUGCUGUCGUGAGACCUUGGUGAGACCCAUGCGCUCCGACCGUGCGGCUGAUG